ACAGUUGUUAUAACAAAUGCUAGUGUAUUGCAAUAAGACUCUCGUCUCACUUAAAAUAGAAGAAGGGACAAGACUCUGAGCAGAAAAGAUGAGGUUGGUAAUCCUUUUUCCAUUCCUAUUCUCGCUAGUAAAUUGCUGCCAAGAUUUCUGGAACCAAUGGGGAAACUUCUCGUGUAAAUCGCCGAUAUACAAAUGUCAUAGAAUAAAUGAUUUUUAUAUUAUAAACGGCACAGAAAUAGUACUUCAUUGGAGUCGUACGAAACUUAACUCUUGUAUAUUGAAUGCUGAUAGGUGCCAUCUAUCCAAUAAGCAUUCGUUUGUGAAAAUCUUCAACAAUACAUUAUCUGUCACAUGCAGCGACGAAGAAACCAUCGAUUUUCGUUUGAUGCAUUGUUUAAAUGUUAAACACGUUAAAAAUUUAGAAUUUAUCGAUUGUCACUUGGCGAAUUUUGACGUCGAAAGAUUCGCUUCGAAUUACGCCAUAGAAAAAAUCGCCAUUAAAUAUACCUUAAAAUCCGAAUAUGAAAGUGAAACGUUGAAUUUCGAAAGUGCAUCAUUUAUAAAUAUGUCGUCUCUGAAAUAUUUAGAAAUUGACGGCGUAAGAACUUUCCCCAUAUUCAAUUUGAGUUUUCACGGCGAUUCUUCUCUGAUUUCUUUGAAAAUCACGCAUUAUAAUUUCAUGCUGUUUCUGCCCAGACCAUUCCAACAAUUGAAAAAUCUUUCUGAAUUACAUGUGAACUUUGGCAAAUUAAAGGCUUUGCCAAAAGAACUGUUUCAUGGUCUUUAUAAUUUGAAAACUCUGGAUUUAAGUUACAACCUAAUUGAAUUGGUCCAUCCUGUAGUCUUUCGACAUCUCACUUUAUUGGAACAGUUAAAUUUAAAAGAAAACCCAAUAAAAAGAUUUCUUCAUAACUUGUUGAGAGGUCUUACGAAUUUAAGGAUACUUUCUAUUUCUGGAAAUUUUUCUGAAUUGCGCUCUGUAUUUUUGAAGGGACUCGACAAUCUGACAGAAUUUCGCGCUUCUAAUUUUCCUUCACUUCGAAUCGAAGAUUUCUUUUCCCAUUCCAUGAACUUAAGAAAGAUUGUUUUCGAUUCGAACCAAGUUCUUCAUCUUCCAUCCAAUCUGCUCAAAAAUAAUAAAAAUCUGGAAGUUUUUCAAUUCAUAUCGAAUGGAUUAUUGACACUACCGAAUGGAAUUUUCGACGGACCUUUCAACUUGAAAGAAAUCAAUAUGAAAAAAAAUGAUCUAGACAAUAUUCCAGAAAAUUCUUUUCAACAUUUGUCGAAUCUGGAAGAAUUAGAUUUAGCAUAUAAUCGCUUGACAUUUUUACCUAAAAACAUUUUUCUUCCAACGAAGAACUUACGACUUCUCGAUCUUUGUGGUAACAAUUUCAGUAAAAUUUCUUUCGAUUUCAACAAUAAACUCGAAAAACUCUAUUUGGGUAAAGCGGGUUUGACAGAAUGGCCGAAUUUAAAUUGGACAAAAUACAAUUUGACUUAUGUUUAUGCUGCAUUUAACCACUUCGAAACUGUCAAAUUGCCGAUUUACACUCCGAACCGCAUGGAGAUCGAUUUAGAUUUCUGUCACAUAAAAACAAUUUACAUCGAUGAAAGAAAAUACGGAUUCAAUAGACCCAAUUAUCAAUUAAAAAAGAUGAGGUUGGUAAUCCUUUUUACAUUCCUAUUUUCGCUAGUAAACUGCUGCCAACAUUUUUGGAAUCAAUGGGGAAAUUCUUCUUGUAAAUCGCCAAUAUACAAAUGUCGUAGAUUUGGAGAAUUUCAUUUUAUGAAUGGUUUAGAAACAAUACAUGUUCGGGAGAAAACGAAAAAUAAUUCUUGUAUAUCGACUGCCGAUAGGUGUUAUACAUCAAAUAGACAUUCCUCUGUGGAAAUUCUCAAUAAUUCGUUAUCUGUCACUUGCAGUGACGAAGAAACCAUCGAUUUUCGUUUGAUGCGUUGUUUAAAUGUUAAACACGUUAAAAAUUUAGAAUUUAUCGAUUGUUACUUGGCGAAAUUUGCAGUCGAAAGAUUCGCUUCGAAUUACGCCAUCGAGAAAAUCGUCAUAAAAUACACGAGUGAGACGUUGAAUUUCGAAAGUGCAUCAUUUAUUAAUAUGUCGUCUCUGAAAUAUUUACAGAUUGAAGGCGUAAGAACUUUCGGCAUAUUCAAUUUGAGUUUUUACAACGAUUCUUCUCUGAUUUCUUUGAAAAUCACAGAUUAUAACUUUACGUCGUUUCCGCGUAAACCAUUCCAACAAUUGAAGAAUCUUGCUAAAUUACAAUUGAACGAUGGUAAAUUAAAGGCUUUGCCAGAAGAACUCUUUCAUGGUCUUUAUAACUUGAAAACCCUCGAUUUAAGUAAUAACUUAAUUGAAUCCGUUCAUCCUUUAGUCUUUCGACAUCUCACUUUAUUGGAACAGUUGAGUUUGGAAGGAAACCCAAUAAUAAGUUUACCCGAAGACUUGUUGAAAGGUCUUUCGAAUUUACGAAUACUUUCUAUUUCUGGAAAUUUUUUUCGAUUGCGCUCUGUAUUUUUGAAGGGACUCGACAAUCUGACAGAAUUUCGCGCUUCUAAUUUUGCUUUACUUCGAAUCGAAGAAGAUUUCUUUUCCCAUUCCAUGAACUUAAGAAAGGUUGACUUCAAUUCGAACCAAGUUCUGCAUCUUCCAUCCAAUCUUCUCAAAAAUAAUAAAAAUCUGGAAGUUUUUCAUUGCGAGAAGAAUAAAUUAUCGACACUACCGAAUGGAAUUUUUGACGGACCUUCCAACUUGAAAGAAAUCAGUAUGAAAGGAAAUGUUCUAGAAAAUAUUCCAGAGAAUUCUUUUCAACGUUUGUCGAAUCUGGAAGAACUAGAUUUAACAUAUAAUCGCUUGACAUUUUUACCUAAAAACAUUUUUCUUCCAACGAAUAAUUUACGAAUUCUCCGUCUUUCUCAUAACAAUUUCAGUAAAAUUUCUUUCGACUUCAACAAUAAACUCGAAGAACUCUAUUUAGAGAAAGCGGGUUUGACGGAAUGGCCGAAUUUAAAUUGGACAAAAUACAAUUUGACUUAUAUUGAUUUUACAGGGAAUAUUUUCGAAACUGUCAAAUUGCCUAUUUACACUCCUAACAGCUUAAUGAUCGACUUUUAUUUCUGUCACAUAAAAACAAUUUACAUCGAUGAAUGGAAAUACGGAUUUAACCGACCCACUUAUGAAUUACGGUUUAACCCAAUAACUUGUGAUGGAGAACUUUUGCAUUUCAUCAGUACUGUUCAAUCGAAUUUAGAAAUUUCAUUACAAAUUUUUCCGGAUGUAAAAGACAUGAAAUGUCACGGAGAAGAAAGAAAAUUGCUGGAAUAUACGCAAUUCUACGUCAUUAGAAGCCAUUGUCCACAAAACUGCCAAUGCUUCUCGGAAAACGACGAGCUCAGAGUCGAUUGUAAUAGAAAGGGAAUAAAGAAAAUACCCGAAUUUCUGAUCGAAAAUGCGACAAUCGUCGACUUGAGUAAUAAUUACAUAAAUGAAUUGUCGACUGUGGAUUAUGGAACGUGGAGCAAAGUCACCCGUCUGCACCUCAGCAACAAUUCUCUAUUGCAUUUUCCGGAUUCUGUUCUUUUGCCAAACAUCAAAUUUCUUUGGUUGAACGGAAACCGGUUAACCGAAUUGCCUUCCGGAUUAAUGAAUCUGAUCGACGUCUCCGCUGAAUUCACGGUGUACUUAUCGAGAAACGAUUGGAUCUGUGAUUGCCAUUCGCGAUUUACUAAAGACUGGUUGCUUCGAAACAAAAGGAAGAUUGCAGAUUUCUCCCAUGUUUUAUGCACGAAAAAUUCGUCUUUUCCGUUCUUUACGGAAAUUGUUUCUGGUGAUCGAUGCACACAAAUUUCUGAAGACAAUUUGAUGUCGUCAGUAAAUGGUUCGGACGCAGUUAAUUCUGUUUUCUGGUGGAGAAUCGCAGUUGCCGUUCUUGCUUUUCUACUGUUAUUCAGUUGGAUUAUUCUUGCUUCCUUUGUUUAUUGUCGUAAAAAAGAAAAUGUCGAUAAAGUGCUAGAGCCAAAGGAAGAAGAAGUGAUUUAUUACAAUGUUUACAACUGACAAUUCCUGUAAUUACGGCAAUUCAAAUGCAUCGACUUUGUACGCUUUAAUGAAUAAUUUUCCACAAAUUGUUGUUAAUUUGUAUUUGUUUAUGCUCAAGUUAAUUAUGUAUACUUCAAAUAUGCUGUACUUUGUUAUUGAAUUUUUAUUAUU